GAGUCUGGUGCGAUUCGUCCUUGGCUGUGGGGAAGCAACAGCCCCGUCUCUGGGGGUUUAGGAAAAAGCCGCGCCUCUCCGCGAGCGCCCCUGAACCCGCGCUGUGGACCAGUUCUCUCUUUAGACCUGACUGAGGGGAAAAGCCGCGGAGGCGGCCGCUUCAGACUGCGCGCAAGAAGCACGCUUGAAACUGACCAGGCACUCUUGAAUCUGACCAGACAGCUCCAGCUUUCUCGACAGCAAAGGUUUUUUGCUCUCCUUUUCUUUACGGCAAAGAUGAGAAAAAAGUGGAGACUGGAAAAUGUUCGAUUCCUUUUGGCCUGCAUGCUCUGCCUCCUUUUCAUUGAGGGAAGUACAACAGAGCAAGGAAAAUAUUCAGAGACAUACUGUGUGUUCCAAGAUAAGAAGUAUCGUGUUGGUGAAAGGUGGCACCCAUACCUAGAACCCUAUGGGUUUGUCUAUUGUGUUAACUGUCUCUGCUCAGAGAAUGGGAAUGUGCUAUGCAACAGAAUAAGGUGCCCUAACGUACACUGUUCCGCCCCGGUGCAUGUGCCUCAGCUCUGCUGUCCACGCUGCCCAGAUGAUUCACUUUUUUCCACUGGCGGCAAGAUUGCUGGGAAAUCCUGUGAGUACAAUGGCACGACCUACCACCACGGUGAGAUGUUUGUGGCAGAGGGACUCUUCCAGAACAGACAAGCCAACCAAUGCGCCCAGUGCAGCUGCUCUGAAGGAAAUGUGUACUGUGGCUUGAAGACGUGUCCCAAAUUAACUUGCUCCUCUCCGGUCUCCGUGCCUGAAUCGUGCUGCCCAGUUUGCAGAGGAGAUAAGGAGUCUUCGUGGGACAGUUUGGAUGGUGACACUUUUCGGCAGCCAGCCAACAGAGAAGCUAGGCACUCUCCUCAUCGCUCCCAUUAUGACCCAUCACCCAGCAAUUCCCGGCAGGCAGCCAACAUGCCACGAUUCACUGGCAGCAGAAGUAACAGAGGAGCCCUACCGGACAUGCAGCAGGCCUCUGGGACUAUUGUACAGAUUGUCCUCAACAGCAAACAGAAGCACGGGCGAGUCUGCGUUUCAAAUGGAAAAACCUACUCCCACGGAGAAUCCUGGCAUCCUAACCUCCGGUCCUAUGGAAUUGUGGAGUGUGUGUUAUGUACUUGCAAUGUCACAAAGCAAGAAUGUAAAAAAAUUAAUUGCCCCAAUCAAUAUCCCUGCAAGCAUCCAAGGAAAGUUGAAGGGAAGUGCUGUAAAGUCUGCCCAGAAGAAACUGGAAGUCAGAAUCCUGACAGCAAAGAAUAUUUCUGUGGUGAAGAGACACUUCCAGUCUAUGAAGCUGUUCUCACAGAGGAGGGAGAAACAAUACGGAAAAUAGCCUUGGAGACAGAUCAGCCACCCCAGAUAGAAAUCCACGUGUGGACCAUUACGAAAGGUAUCCUGACUCGCUUUGAUACAGAAACAGUAUCCAAGACUGAAUUCAGAGAACUUCGCCAUUUCAAGCAGAUCACAAAGACCACCCUGAGCCAGUGGAAAAUAUUCAGUGAGGGAGAAGCUCAGAUAAGCCAAAUGUGUGAACGCCGAGUGUGCAGGACUGAGCUGGAAGAUCUGGUAAAGGUUUUGUAUCUCGAGAAGAAUGAAAAGGACCACUGUUAGGAGCAAAAUGCAAGAAAACCAACGAAGGCGUGGUUCUGCAGCUGGACUGCGGGCUUAUUCAGCUUGUUCUAAAAGCCCUAAAAGCCAAAUUUGUAAUGCAAGUCAAUAUUCAUCUCAUGCCCGAUGUAACUUGCUGCUUUGUGUAUACAUCUGCCUCAGGCCUUUCAAAAUCUCUCCGAAAGUGGCUCUGUGUUACUGGCAGGAGACAAAAGGAGGGUUUCACUUCAUCCAAAGGAGUUACGGCUUGACUGGUUUAGGGGGAGGUUAAAUUUGGCAAGCUUAAUGAUCAGGAGAAGGCAAAGACAGUGUUCUAGAUGCAAAUCUUGAAAUGAUUCAGCUGUCAUCAUUUUUUCCUCCUAGCUUGAAAAAAACACACAAGGACAAUUAUAUUGGAGAAUCUGAAACAUAAAACUAAAUUUCAAAGUGCAAAGCACCUUCGACUUUUAAAGCAAAGCCCCCAGGGCACAUGUUCAAAUGUAUGAUAUUGCCUUGAUGCAGGUUGUUUGGUUUUGGUUUUUUUUUUCUUAUGAGCAAAGGAGCUUCAGGGUGGGGGAGCAGGAGAAGAGCAGGCAGGGAGCUUAAGCCUCAUAAACACACAUAUGGAGCCCCUGGGAGAGAGGAGGUGACAUUGAGUAGAAAGAGCUGGAGAUGGAAGAGUUAAGCCAGGGCAAGGAAGCCUUUUUUUCAUCUGGAGGGUCGCAUUCCCUCAUGGACAAACUUCCAGAGGCUAUAUGCCAGUGAUGGAUAGGGUAAGGGAUGUGACUCUUAAUUUUUGUAGAGAAGGCUGCUGUCCAACCCCACUAGUUUCCACAUCUGCAAUUCUUCAUCCAGGUGAGCAAGAGGCAGUUUUACACUUCGAGGACCCAUUCCAGCCAGCCAAAAGAACUGUAGGAGAAUAUAGAGCAGGGUCAGUGAGAAGGUGUGGUCUAGGGAGAUAUUUCCUAGGGAGAGUCCUGAGGGCCAGAUAGAGAUGCUUGGAGGGCCGUAUUUGGCCUCCAGGCCUGAGGUUCUCCAACUGUGGGAUAAGCACUCCCUCUCCCUCCCUCUGCUUCUCCGGGAGGGGGUGUGGCCUUAGGAGACGCUCCCUGGAGAGGUCCCAAGGGCCAGAUAGCGAGGCUUGGAGGGCCGUAUUUGGUCUCCAACCCUGAGGUUUCCUGCCCAUGGCUUAAGCAUGCCCUCUCCCUUCCUCCUUGUCUCCACUCUUAACUGGCACAGGGUUAUUGUUACAUGCCUUUGCAGGUUGCCCAUUAACUGUCGAAAUAGCACAGAUUACUCUAUUUUUCUAAAUUGAGGGAAAGAUUCAUUUUUAAAUGGCUUUCACUUCUCUGCGCCUCCAGCACGUCCCAGGAAUAAAAUGUGAAAAGCCAGCUAAAGCUAGAGCGAAGCUGCAUUCCUGUGGUCCCUUACAGCACGCAUCUGGGCUACUAGGCAGCCUCUGUAAAGUCACAAACAAAAGGAAACAAGCGCUUUUCAGGGGCAAGAAAGAUGCAGUAGGUCUAGAUUGUAUGUGGACCAGGUAGAAAAACUGGUUCUCCAUUGAUUCUAGAACACAAUGCUGUCUGUGUGCAGCCUUACUUUAAAAAAUUAUUUCACGCAAUACACCAUCCGCUUUUGCUCUUACCCAUUCCUGCAGAGGCUCAUGAACAGUUUAAUUUCCAAGCUGGUUUCAUUCCAAAAGAUAAAAGCUCAUGGCAGAUUGAUUCUGCCUUACCCCACAAGGGGUCCAUUUGAAAACAUGUAAGCGGUCCCAACAAUUGGAGGGGGGGGGCUGUCCACACCUGCCCAAUGACAUUGUGGGUGGGUGUAUGCCAAGACUGCAAGGGGAGGGUUUUCAAACACAUAUCAAGUAACCAUACUCACCCGUUUGGACAGCAGGAUCUACAAUCAAUCUGGAUUGACAGCAGCAUGUUGAGGAGGAGCAUGAACAAUUCCAUAUUGAGAAAAAUGACACUUUUGUGCUACAAAUGAAUAAGUGAGUAUGCAGCCUCAAUAACAGGUGCAGGGGCCUGAUCCACAUCAGGAACCUAGCAGGAGGGGGAGCUUUAACACUUUAUACCUGCUGCAGCCCCACUCUAGAUUGGGGGCUCUAUGCCCACAAUUUGCAUACAACUCCCAUUUAUUCCAAUGGAAGCUUUCCUCCCUAUUCAUAGAUUGGGUGUGGGGGCCGAAUUCAGGUUGGGACUGCAAUGGGAAGCAAAGAGUUAAAGCGAGGCUGUGCGCAGUGUCCCCUUUCUUCCCCAUGGCUCCAGUCUGGGGAGGGUUGACCCAGGGGCCACUCCCCCUGCCUCAUAACCAGUUCUGAAUAAGUUCAGGGGUGGAGGUAAAUUUUAAUUAGGGUGAGAGAAAAAAACCUAAUUAAGCAUAUGGCUGGGAGGGGGGCAGACAUUGUGUCUCCUUCCCCCCCCCUCCCAAUCAAGAGCAAGGAUCAGUUUUGCAUGGUGCCGCUUUGCAAGCUGCUUUUCCAAAGGUUCACAGCCUCCACUCAUCCGCUGUUGAGCAGAGACACUGACCCUGUGCACUGCUGCGUUGCAAAUGACUUUCCUUCAGGAAAGCUGCUGGCAAACUGGCAUCCACACCCUGCAGGAUUGCUGCCUCUGCUCAUCAGCAUAACAAUUCGAGGCUGUCCCGUCCUGACAUGGCCAAGGCCCCCAAACACCUGAAUGGGCCCAAUGUAGCUCAAUCUGUGCACCAGAUGCACAGAUAAGUUGAAGCUCCCCUUAUGCCCCCACAAGGUUCCCAAUAGGGUCCCCCACAUACGCAUCCCUGCUAUUUAGUCUAUAAAAGCCAUCUGUGCAAUUGCUAAGUAGUAACAUUAAAGACCCUUCCAGACAUGCCACUUAUAACUGUUCCGUUUCCCCCCCCCCCCGGGGUUUUCUGCAUGCUUCCACAUGAUGGUAUCAUUCCACUACUGUUUGGGACUGUUUCAGUCAUCCAUCUGCUUUUUUUCUAUCAUAAAAAAAUCUGACAUUUGUGAACGAUCCGGUACGGUUCUGCGAUAUUUGUAUUGUGUAGAAGGUGUUUUGCACCAUUCCCUGCUUGUAUGUGUAGCAACUUCUGUUCUGCACCUUUCCCCCAUCUUUUUCAACAGGAGGCCUAUCAUUGUGGUCUUUUAAAUGGGUAGAUUGUUCACACUGACACAGAGAACUCAAGGAGUUCCUGCUGUCUAUAUUCCUAAUCUUCCAUAGGAUCAAAAUUCCAGAAUACCCCCCCCAAAAAAACCUGAAAGGGCUAUUGGUAACUUGUGUUCAUGCUCAUAAUUCUGAUAUUUACUGGUUGGUCAGGAGAGAAUGGAAGUGUGAUGACAGGCACAGAACCUUUCUCAGUGUGAAACCAGCCUGUCAUCAGUGCAGAUGGAAGAAAGUGCAAUUAUCCUUCAAAAAACAGUGACAUGCAACAAGAGGUGUGGACAGUGCACUACAAUUCUUUUUUUAAAAAAAAUUAAUAAUCAGAACAGCAGCUAUUGCACUAUCAACAAUAUGUCUAGAAGGGCCCCUAGUUUGUCCUGAAGAAAACGUCAUUUGCUGCAGGAAGCCAGACUACAUUGCCACCUAUCAUUUUAACUAUGCCAUAUCCAGCUUCAUGAAUUCAGCUGUAUUGACGUGUUCACUGUGAUACCAUUUGUACAUAUCUUUCUGAGCAAUCUCCCUGCUGUCAACUUCUGUCCAUAGUUUGAUCCCAUGUGAAUGGUGGCCAUUUUGGCUCGAUUCAUUUGCAGCAUACCAAUAAGGGAGACAUCUCCCACACGAAGGACAAAAGUGACACACCGCACGCUAACGAGCUUUGUGGUAGAGCACACACCUUGAAGGCAGAAGGUCUCAGCUUCCAUCCCUGGGAUCUCCAGGUAGGGCUGAAAAAGAAUCUGGUCUGAACCUCUGGAAAGCUAUUGCCAGUCAGUACUGGAGACCAGGGACAGCCAGUGUGAUGCACUCCUGUUGUUGGACUAUAGCUCCAACAAGCACGGCCUAUGGGCAGGGAUGAUGGGAGCUGUAGUCCUACAACUUCGGACAGCUCCUACAACUUCUGGAGGGCACCACAUUGGCUACUGCUGGUGUAGGCAAUACUGAGCUAAAUGACCAUUCAAGACAGCUUCCGAUGUCAUGACAAGAUGACAGCCGUGGCUGAUGCGCAUUUGAAGCCCGCUAUGUGUGCUUUCAUAGGCAAUGUUCUGCUUUGUCAGAACAGCAGCAUUGGAAGCAACCCCUUGUUGAUAAUUCAACACAGCCAAAGUGGUCUACAAAGUGAUUAUUUUCAGGCAGAAGAGUUGGAAGCGUCAAACACCUCCCCCAAUAGUAAUUUAGGCCAUAUCCACACUAUACAUUUAAAGCACUAUGAUAUCACUUUAACCGCUAUGGCUUCCCCCAAAGCAUCCUGGGAACUGCAGUUUGUGAAGGGUGCUGAGAACUGGGAGGAGAUGCCCCUAUUCCCUUCAUGGAGCUACAAUUUCCAGAGCAGUGUAACAAUCAGUGCCUCUUCCCAGGGAACUCUGAGAAUUGUAGCUGUAUGAGGGGAAUAGGGGUGUCUCCUAACAACCCUCAGCACCCUUAAUAAACUACAGUUCCCAGGAUGCUCUAGGGGAGGCUAUACCUGUCAAAGUGGAGCAAAGGCGCUCUAAUAGUAUGGCGCAGAUGUGACUUUAAUGAGCGCUUAGGCCUAGUUCUUAGCAGAUAAAGUGGUAUACCUCUUUCUGGACUAUACCACUGUGAGUGGAAGGGGUUUUUUUUGGAAAGUGUACAGUACUUGUAUUAUUGUUAUUAUUCCAAAAAAGGUGAGCUAUCUUUUGUAUUUGUGAUGAGAAAGGUAGGACACAGACUGUGUAUUUAUUUGUCUGAUAAUGACUUUUUAAGGAUAAGCAAGCUGCAAUAUAGUGAGUUUGCUUAAGAUUAACAAAUAUACACUGUAGUCCAGGUUUAGGCUGGGUUUUUCUCUGUCCCCUUCCCACAACACAUACUUGUAACCAUUAUUUAUGUAUUUGUUCUAUCAGUUUUAUAAGGUAAUAAA